AUGGUUGUUGUCUCUGGUGGGAUGAACCAGCACAAGAAUCAGAUUGUUGAUGCAGUUGUGAUUUCGAGGAUUCUAGGUGCUGUUCUUGUUGUUCCAAUAUUGCAAAUCAAUCUCAUUUGGGGAGACGAAAGUGAGUUCUCAGAUAUAUUUGAUUUAGAACAAUUCAAGAGUGUUUUAGCAAAUGAUGUGAAGAUUGUUUCGAUGCUUCCCGCGAGCAAAUUCAAUAAGGAUGGGGUUCUGCUUUUAAAGAGAUUCGAUUCAAGAUUGUUUAAAGACUUACCCUCUGAUCUCCAGAAGCUUCGUUGUAAGGUAGCAUUUGAAGCACUGAAGAUCCGAAAAAUCUGA